GCGGAUGGCAAGCUCGCACGGCGAGUCGCAUAAUGUAAAGGGAGGAGUGUGGGCUGCAGAUAUACCAUAUCGUGAAAGUGCGGCUCGAUAGAUCCAGAACCAUGUGCAUGCGCAUGCUCGUCUAGCGGACCGAAUAACAAGCGGCGUCAUUGUCUUAUGAGAAUUCCGGUAACUGUGGGUUCGGCGAUCCUCGGCCAUCAUUACCAUCAUUGCGGCAUACAAGCAACCCGCAAUGUCCUGCGAUGUUCAUAAGAGCUGUCGAUGCAUAAUGCGGGGGGAAUUGAGAAGCAUGUUCCGUACGACCUCAAUCUCGGCGUUAUUGAGCUUUCUCAACACAGGGCCCGGGGGGGCACCCUCCAAACGAGAAACUACCCCCUGCGAACGUACGGGAUCACCACAAAGAAAAACACUUACAUGAACGUGUUGCAGUGACUCACGAAAUCCUAAGCAGACAAGGACUCGGCCCGGUCACGCCUCCUCAAUGAUAGUCUGUCUUAUGCUGGACAGGUCUGAGUUGCGAUUACAACGU